AUGGCGGCUGUGCUACCGCCGCCGCCCCGCCCGCCACCGCCACCGCCACCGCCACCCGGCGAACGGAGGAGGCGAGGUCUCGCGGGCUCGCCCGCCGCACAGCCGCCCGCGGCCCCCGGCUUCCUCCCAAGACGCGACCCUGCCUCCGCCGCCGCUUCGCCCUCGGGGGCUCGGCCACCGCCGCCGCCCGGGCUGUUUACACCGUUCGGCCCCUCACGCCGCCGCCGCCGCCUUCUCUCCACCCCAGCGCCGCUGCCGACUCGGCCGCCGCCACCUCCUCCGCCGCAGCCUGGUCUCUCUGGAGCAUCUUCCAGCCACCGGACACGGAGAAACAGAGACUCCAACCGCGCCGGCAGGAAACUCCCCCGCAACUGCCGGAGGGGGGGGGAACCAGGCGGUCAGAGCACCAGCGGCUUUUCCGCCAUUGAGCAGCGGCCGCACCGCUCCUUCUGCAACCCCCUCCCCGCACCGCCGCCUUUCUCCGCCCCUCCGCAGGCUCCGCCCACCGCAGCCACCCAUUGGGACUCCGCGCUUGUCGCUACGGCUCACGAUUUGCCGAAAGGCAUGUCAAUCUCCGUUCUCCCGCCCAGUCCGGCCCCCAGGACCCUCGGAGCUUCGCUUUCCCCGCCCACGCGGCCCCGCCUCUGUGACUUUAAUUUCCCAUUGGGCGUCAUUGCCCACCUCUAAUUGGCAAGGUCAACUAUCCAUCAAACACCGCCCCUCAGUGAGGCCCAACCCUUUAUUACCAUUUACUUUAUUCAGCCCCGCCUCCGCUUUGCUCUCCCUCCCGACGUCACCGGCCUGCCCACCCUAGCAGCCAUAGGUAGAGUCCUCCGUCUGUCAAAUUACGCCCACUUGGAGACCGGUUCCCUUAUCUGAUUGGUCCGAAUGGAGGCCUGACCCUCCGGUCAUUGGCUUUCUCUGCUUGUCCGUCACUAGGGUCCGACACUCCGGCUUUUUUUAAAUGAACGCGCAAAAGUAUCCUAAAAGCGAUUGGCUAGUCUUCGGAAGCGGCCAAGCCCCAAGUCUGCGGACCCUGCAGUUCUGUGACCUCUAAGCCUCGCGGAAAACGAACUCCAUAAAAGAACCAACGGGCAGUCCGCUAAUAGGUGGAGGUUGGUCCCACCCGGAGUAGAGAGAGCCGGCUCCUCAUUGGCUAGAAAAGUGCCCCUAGGUUCUCAUUGGAAGAGAUAGACUCUUCUCUUCGGCUUUGAGACUUGAAGGGAGAGCACGGAGAGGGUCGACAAGGGGCCUGGAGAGAGGCGUUGUUUUGUUUCGGCCACGGUGCCCCAUUGUUGGGAUACCUGCAUGACCUGUCUCCAGCAGAGGAGAGUGGGCGGGAAGUUGAGAAGGUUGAAGAGCCACUUGAGAAAAUGGGACAGGACCUGGCCACAGGAAGGCUGAACAUCACAUCACAGGUGACAAAUUCGGGUUCUGAAGUGAAGUGGAUCCGCCGUAAGAUUCCCAGAUCAACGGACAGAGAAGGUGCUAGGCAUAGCUAGAAUAUGAACUGC